GCUGGAUACCUGUUUGACUGUAAAAGUACCUCAAUAAAGAUAAAGUUGAUAAAGAUGUGGUAAUUUAAAGCACUAUUCGGCUGCACCAGUACCGAGCUGGUUCUUUGAGUUGAGGAAUUAUUGGACAAAGAAAUGUAAAUGAAAAUGGACUCGGAUCGUGCGCUCAAAAAUCGUAAUUUUGCGCUCGCCUUACUUCGGGGUGGUGCGUGUGCUGAUGAGGAGGGCGAAUCGGCUACAUGGGUUGGCUGUGAUAAGUGCAAUCAGUGGCGACUCUUGUCGCGAAAAUGUUUUGAAAGGGCUAAGGACAUCAGCCCCUUUCACUGCCGCCACCUCGACAGCACGGAAUGCGCUACUCCAGAUGACGAAGAUCCCGCAUACAAAGACGACCUACUCCUCCUCGGCGGUCGUGUGAUGGAGGCCAUGGUCGAAGAGGAAGUCAAGCGGGUUGAGCGUUUGCAGGCUGGUAUGGGUAAAAAUAUUGAUGCUCGUCAACUAGAUGCAGAGGACGAUAACAUUCAACUUUCCCGGUCAGCGCCGCCUCCUAUUCCAAAGUCAUCAACCACGUGGAGCUGGUGCACGAGUAGCGAUGGUGUGAAAGUAGUGUCAUCAAAAGAUGAGCAAGACCAAGAAAGCAAUUUAGCAUCUCCUGAACCGUUGAAAUCGUGGAUGAAGACCACUUCAUCUGCUGCUCCGAAAGCAAGCCUCAAACGACAACAAUCGGAGGCCACGUCAACGGCGGACUCCAACGACAUCGUGGUCAAUUCGAACACCUGCUCAGAAUUAUCCAACCAGGCUCGUCUAGAAUUAUAUUCAGAUCGGGAAUUGAAGAGAGUGGGGGGCGUGGCUCUCGAUCCACUUUUGUUUUAUGAGGAAGAGAUAACUUCAGAAAAACUAAAACGCCAGAAGUUCCAUGAGGAGGCAGCUACUGGGAACCCGCUCUUCCACGGUCAAGAAACUGCAUUGUCAAACACCAGAGGGACGCCAAGUCCGGCAGCAGAUAGAUGGAACGACUUGUUACGAAAUGGGCCACAGAGACGCAGAUCUGGGAUCGACCGCUUCAUUCGCGAACAUGGCUUACCGUCACCCGCCCCGAAGUCCGAUGUAGUUGAAGGAAAUCGAUCUUUUCUUGCUAGUGGCAACGACAAAAUAUCUGACGUUGCAAAUUUGGGUAAAAGCGGUAGGGAGGCGGUCGAUGCUUUUGCCACUGAAUUUGCGAAGAACACCGCAUCGACUUUGGCUUCUACAAGCUCAGCAUCAUCACUAGGUUGUACCCUGAACUCGAUGCCCCGCUACCCUGCCUUCAGCCGUCUCCUGAGCGAUGAAUUGGCUCAGAUAGAGAGAAGCAUGCCACAGCAGGCUCCUUACUUGGAAGCGCAUCUUGAUACGAUUCGCCAGCUUCUUCCAAUCGUUCACAGGAAAACUACAAAUGUCUCUGGACUACCAAUGCAUGGGCAGUCGCCGCAAGAAAACGCAAGACUACACAUCGUGCAGAAAAUCCGUGCUUUGCAAGGGAUCUUCCAAAGUCUGGAGAAGCAGCAGGAACGAAGAAAAUAUAGGAAGUAAGCAGUGCAUCGCUGACAGCGGUAGUACUGAUCUAAUUGUACCUGUGAUACACUUGACAGCCUGUAGCUGUACCUGUCAAGCACUUGGUGCAGGCCUCGUGCGCGCAUUUUUGAUUUUGAAGACUGCGAACUAAAGAUAAAGUACUGCAUACUUCCCAUUUCCAAGUCCAGGAGGAGGAGACCCACGUCGUAGCCUCACUAUUUAUCGAUCCCCUUGAUGUCAUUGAUUCAUUGAACGCUCACCCGAGCGAGCCCCCAAUACUACCAGCGCUGAAUGUGAUCAUCACCGUACAACUUGAUUCCAUAUGAUCUAAAGAUUUAGGAUGUCACCGUUCAAAAUUCCAUGAUGUCGUAGAAGUCGUUUCAAACACGACGAAAGAAGAACAACAUGUUCUUCUUCAGGAGAAAGUAAACGUCGAC